AUGUCUACCACGUCGCAGAGACUUCGAGUCGGAAUCGUCGGUGGUGGUGCCGCUGGCAUCAUUACAACCAAGUGUUUGCGCGAGGUGGGACAUGAGGUGGUUGUGUUCGAGAAGGCUGGAAAUGUGGGCGGCGUGUGGAAAUACGACAAGGCAGUGGACGCUUCAUCGUCGGUAUUGUACAAGUCUUUGCACACAAAUCUGCCGACUGCAAUCAUGCAAGUCAAGGAGUUCCCGUUCGAGAAGGAAGUGCCCAAUUUCCCGUCUCAUGUCGAUGUACUGACGUAUCUGCAGAACUUUUCCAAGCACUAUGAGGUAGAUAGCUGUGUGCGUCUCAACUCAGCUGUGACUGGUCUUUCAAAAGUGGCGGAGAAGUGGAAAAUUAGUGUGACGUCGGAGGAGAAGGGGGACUACGAAGAAAAGUUUGAUCGCGUGGUGAUUUGUAAUGGCCAUUUCUCCAAGCCUUCUUUUGCUACAAUAAACGGGAUUCAGCACUUCAAGGGUGUUGUAUCGCAUUCUCGAUCGUACCGUACGCCUGGGCCUUACAAGGGCAAGCGGGUUGUGGUAAUUGGACGAGGACCGUCGGGCCAAGAUAUUUCCCUUGAGCUUAUUAGAAGUGGUGCUUCAGAGGUCAUUGUUGCGACUCUGGACUAUGACCAGGAGUGCGUGGAUCCCCAAGAUCAGCGUCUGCUGAAACCUGCCAUUGACCACAUUGCUGAAGAUGGUUCAGUGGUGUUUCUGGAUGGAUCUACGAUUGCUUCGCCGGAUGAGAUCAUGCACUGCACUGGAUACCUGUACACGACGAAGGACCUUUUCCCGUCCGAACUGCUAUUCCCCAAAGUGUUCGUCCAGCCUAACGUUGUGAGCAAUGACGUUGCGGCUGACCUGUUGGAGUGCACAGAAAAUGGAGAUGCUGUGGCACCAGUCUACAAACAAUUAUUUGCCAUCGAGGAUCCCACGGCCGCUUUUGUUGGGCUUCCGUUUAGCAAUCUGCCGUUCCUCUGUUUUCAGCUACAAGCUCGAUGGCUUGCACGCGUGUUUGGUGGAUCCGUGGUCCUUCCUUCAAAGGAGGACAUGUACAAGGAUUUCUAUGCCUAUCUCAGCACUUUAAAGGAAGGUGUGAGGAAGCUGCAUCAGCUGGGAGCCCGCCAGAAGAAUUAUUUCACUGAAUUAGCUGCUUUCUCGAACACGGAGGUGGAAGAAGCAAUCCACGAGAUCUACGAAGACGCUCGUUUCCUUCGACAAAACUUUCCAUACGACUACCGGAGUGCCGAAUAUCGGCGGGAUCUAGUCACAAGGAAAUGGGUUCGCCGUAUCAAGUCGAGCGACUCAUCCCCGGAGCUUGUAAAGGAAUUCUCGGGCUAA